UCGAUUCGUCGUUCCCUGUUCAUUGUUUACGUGACGUGGUGAUAGUCGUGAUGAAUCCUGAUGCCAAUGGUGGACAUAUUUAUAUGUAAUCUGUGGUGAUAGAUACAGAGUGCCGGUUGUGUUCGAAUCAACGAAACUGGAAUUAUCCUUUUGAUUAAUAGUAAUUUCUGCCAACUGUCAUCAUGUUGCAAUCAAUAUUCGACGACGUGAGACGUAUGAAUAAACGUCAGUUCUUAUAUCAAGUAUUGAGCUUUGGCAUGAUAGUCUCGUCGGCUCUGAUGAUAUGGAAGGGUCUGAUGGUUGUCACCGGCAGCGAGAGUCCUAUCGUGGUGGUGUUGAGUGGCAGCAUGGAGCCUGCAUUUCACAGGGGCGAUUUACUCUUCCUUACUAAUUACCAAGAUGAGCCAGUGAGAGUAGGGGAGAUUGUUGUUUUCAAAGUCGAGGGCAGGGAUAUACCUAUUGUACACAGAGUACUUAAGCUUCAUGAAAAACAUCAAAUUUCUAGGGGUGACCAGAAUAAUACGGUCAAGUUUCUCACGAAAGGCGACAACAAUUCUGUGGACGACCGAGGCCUAUACGCACCUGGUCAGCUAUGGUUGACACAUAAAGAUGUGGUCGGCCGGGCGAGAGGCUUUCUACCAUACGUUGGCAUGGUCACUAUAUACAUGAAUGAAUAUCCUAAAUUUAAAUAUGCAGUAUUAGCAUGUCUUGGAUUGUAUGUUUUGGUACAUAGAGAAUAAAGUUAUGCUCGAAUAAGUUGAAA